CAGGAAGGCAAGGCAAGUCCAUUGGCAACAGAGGUCAUUAAACAGGAAUUUGCAUUACUGCUUCUGUUAUCUCUUUAAAAACUUUUGUAAUUAACUUUCUGUACUGAAUGUGACUCUUUCCUUUAGAUGUUUUCAGAGAUGUCUGCACAAAAUGACCUUAUUUCCCCCACCUCGAAUUCUGCUUUUUCUGCUGACUGAAUAGGUACCAUGAGGUUGAAACCAAAGGCCAUAGUGUCAGAAUGUGAAUUUAGACAAAACCCGGAAACAACAUUUGAAGUGUAUGUUGAAGUAACCUGUCCAGGGACAAGCAGCAUUGGAGCAGAUCCUGAGGUGCGGAGGAAAUUCCCAGAGGACUACAGUGACCAGGAAGUUCUACAGACUUUGACCAAGUUUUGUUUCCCCUUCUGUGUGGACAGCCUUACAGUUAGCCAAGUUGGCCAGAACUUUACAUUUGUGCUCACAGACAUUGACAGCAAACAGAGAUUUGGAUUCUGUCGCUUAUCUUCUGGGGCCAAAAGUUGCUUCUGUAUCUUAAGUUAUCUCCCAUGGUUUGAAGUCUUUUAUAAGCUGCUCAACAUCUUGGCAGAUUAUACAGCAAAAGGACAGGACAGUCAGAGGAAUGAACUCCUAGAAACACUUCAUAAACUUCCCAUCCCUGACCCAGGAACACCUGUUCAUCUCAGUGUGCAUUCUUACUUUAAUGUGCCUGACAUCACAGAGCUUCCUAGCAUCCCUGAAAAUAGAAAUCUGACAGAGUAUUUUGUAGCCGUCGAUGUCAACAACAUGCUGCAUCUCUACGCUAGUAUGCUAUAUGAACGUCGCAUCCUCAUCUGCUGUAGUAAACUGAGCACUUUAACUGCCUGCAUUCAUGGGUCUGCAGCUAUGCUCUACCCAAUGUUCUGGCAACAUGUUUACAUUCCUGUUCUGCCCCCGCAUCUAUUGGACUACUGCUGUGCCCCGAUGCCCUACCUCAUUGGAAUACAUUUAAGUUUAAUGGAGAAAGUUAGAAAUAUGGCCCUGGAAGAUGUGGUGAUUCUUAAUGUUGAUACCAACACACUGGAAACCCCUUUUGAUGACCUACAGAGCCUUCCCAAUGAUGUGGUUUCUGCACUCAAGAACAGAUUAAAGAAAGUCUCCACAACUACUGGGGAUGGUGUGGCAAGAGCAUUCCUAAAAGCGCAGGCCUCUUUCUUUGGGAGCUACAGAAAUGCACUGAAAAUUGAACCCGAGGAGCCAAUCACUUUUUGUGAAGAAACGUUUGUCUCUCAUCGUUCUACUGCCAUGAGGCAGUUUCUUCAGAAUGCUAUUCAGCUCCAGCUCUUUAAGCAGUUUAUUGAUGGGCGCCUUGAUCGUCUCAACUCUGGAGAGGGCUUCAGUGAUGUUUUUGAAGAAGAGAUAAAUAUGGGAGAAUAUGCUGGGAGUGACAGACUGUACCACCAGUGGCUCUCCACAGUAAGGAAAGGAAGUGGAGCCAUUAUAAAUACAGUAAAGACCAAGGCUAACCCGGCCAUGAAGACUGUCUAUAAGUUUGCAAAAGAUCAUGCAAAAAUGGGAAUAAAAGAGGUGAAAAACCGCUUGAAGCAAAAGGACAUUGCUGAGAAUGGAUGCUCUGCAACACCAGAAGAGUCCUUACCAAGGACAGCUCCUUCUCCGUUGAGUGAAAAGAAGGACCCUAAACUCAGAGAAGAUAGAAGACCAAUCACAGUACACUUUGGGCAGCAGCAAAGAGUACGUCCACCUCGACCGCCUCCUCCAAAGAUACAGCGUUCAUCUAGGCCCGUUCGUCCUCCAAGACCUCACGUUGUUAAGAGACCCAAGAGCAACAUUGCCGUGGAAGGGCGAAGGACUUCAGUUUCUAGUCCAGAACACCUUUCACCAGUUCUGCUUCCUGGAGAGCUUCCCCAUCAGACGAACCCUUCCUCCCUCCCUGGCAGGCCUGCUGCAUGUAAUGCUGACUUUGCAUACGAGCAGAAUUGUGAUCAGCAGGUUUCUAACAUGUUUGGAAAUGGAGAUUUUGCAGUAGGACCUGCAGUAAUAAUACUCUGUGUUUCCAUGGGGCUUUUCCCUGGGGCUUUUCCCUGGGAAGGGCAGAGUGUGUUUUGGACAUAAUAAUGAAACAAAACAAACCUGAAUCAGAAAAACCCACACUUUCAAAGCCCCCGAUGUUUCCUUUCCCACCUCCAUGAUGUGUGCUCAUAAUUCCUAUUGGCAUUAUUGGGAGUGACGUGGGUCUCUGACAAAUAGACCCAUUUUCUUCGUUUCACAAUGUAAUGCACAUAGUACACUUCAAAACCCUCCCUUUCUCUAAUGCAGACCUGAUCCUGAAAGCCAUGGGUCCCUUGCCUGGGGAAGCUCUGGGGGAUCAGGUAUUUGGUCCAUUUGCUUCCUUCCUGCAGGGCAGAGCCUGGUUUAUUCUGUUUCUCCUCUGUUUGGGUACGUGCAUUGUACUGAACAGUCUCAUCAGACUGACACUAAAACAAGCAUCCUCCAGACCGUGCCCAGAGAUCUGUACACAUACAGCUGCUGUUAACAUGGUUGGUUUGUUAACAGCCAGAAAUCCUGUAACACUUACAUCGGGAUAUAAAACUCCCCCUAAAGACUGACUCUUAUCAACCAAUCAAUCAAUCUGCCUGGCCAUUUAUUUGACCUAAUUCUAGUCCCUUGUUCACUGGAAAAUGUACACAAGUGGGAAUGGAAAUCUUUCUCCCCGUAACUCCCUUAGCACCAGUAGCCUUCCCUGAUGAACUAGAACAGAGCUGCACUUCUCAACCUGUGCCUGCCUCUCAUCCCACUUCCUCCAUAUAUGAAAUGCAGCUAUACAGAGCUAGUUACAUUUCUCUUACUCUAUUGGGAGAGCGAUACCACUUUGCCAAGGGACCUGCAGUCAGGAUUAGGAAAUGGACCAGGAGACCAGCUGGCUUCCUGCAUUUUUUUUCUUCUACCAAUUAAAAUUUUAUUGUAAUUGUUUUACUUUUGUAAUGGCUGCCAAUGCCACUUGGCAGCGAAUAUAUUUCUAUCACUACCCACGGGGGAAAGUUGGUACUGUGCAUUCCCUUCUGCAUUGCUACUAAAAAGAAAGAAAAAGGAAGGCCCAAAUCAGCAUAAGAAUAAAUGUCUGCAUAAAAGUGGGAUGGCACACCUGCUGCGCGCUGCAUCCCGGAAGCAGCACAACAAACCUGCAGAAUCAAACACACCCACCCACCGCUAAAUACACACACAGAAUGAUGGCCUAGAGCUGCUGCUAAUUGCAGAUCAAAACAGAUUUCUGUGAAACCUAGUCCAUAUGGUUGUGGUUUUUUUCCUUAAACAGGACUUGACCAGAAUAGCAUUGAAUUGCACUAGUGCUACGGCGAAUGGUUUACUGAACAGUGAAUCUCCUCAGAUGCUCAUAUGUGGAAGGUCUUUCUUAGGUGGAGCUUGUGUUCAGUGGGAGGUUUUGUACGUUCAGCACCACUAGCCUAGUGGUUCUGAAUUACUCCAAUUGGGCUAAGGGGCAUUUUCCAACACCUCUAAAAUACCAGCCCAGUCUAUGGGUCUUGCAUCCUCCUCCUAGCUGGAGGAGACCAAAAAACACAAAAAUGUGGCCUCAGCUCUGAUAAAGGAAUAUAGCAAAUAUGAAUCUCACUCGGCACGAUCUCCUCUGAAGACGUAGCACGGCAUCCAGUCUCUGAAAAGUCAGUUGCCACUCAGGCACCCUUUUCCAGCCAUUACAUUAUCAAGGCCACGUAUUUAACAUGGAGAUAUGUACUGCCGCUAGUUAUGUGUGUUCGCGCUUUGCCUGCAAGAGCAAAGCUUGUUAUUUCCCUAGGGCAUGUUUUUGUUUUCCAGUGGAUCAUUAGCUAAAAUAAAAAAGCAUUGAAGGGUUCUAACUGGAAGGUAGUGGUGGCACCUCCCAAAGGCUCUUGGGUUGUUUCCAGCAUGGCAGGCCGUUGUUAUCCCACAUAUAUUAUUAUUAGAGUUUGUGGGGAAAUUAUUUUUUCACCCAUGAAAAAGUUAGUGAAAAUGAUUUUUUUUCGAUAAAUUGAUUUUUUUUUAUUGAGAUUUUCCAGAUUUUUAUUAAAAAUCCCCGAACUGAAAAAUUUCUGGUUUUCAGCCACUAAAAACCUAAAGCUUUUUUAUUUUCAACAAAAAAUUCUCCAAAAUUUUCAUCAAAAAAAGAAUCUUUGGACAGAAACAAUCUUUUUUUUCUUUGAAAAAAAAUCUGGUUAGUUCAAAAAGCCAAUUAUCAAAAAUUGUAUUGAUGGUAAAUAUUUAACCAGCUGUUAUGGACUCUUUAGCACUGUCAUGCUUGACUUGGUGGUAAUCCAAAAGGAAAGCUCUGUCGCUGGAAUAAAAAGCAGAAGCUGGCCCAUCUGAGUUUCCCUUGACCCCAGCAAAGAAACAUAAAACACUUCAUCCUUAUGCGGCACUUUUCAUCUUCAAAGUGCUUUGCAAACAUCCCUCACAAUCCCCCACCAGACAGGAGCAGUGCACUACAAGUAGGGAGAUUCAUGCAGAGAGGUUGCUGAGCUAAUUUUCAGAAGGGCUGAGCACCUCGAACUUGCACUGAUUGCUCAGCGCGCGGACAAUGAGGCCAUAAGUGACUUGUCCAAGGGCCAUACAGUGAAUCAGCAGGGAGGCAGAGCCAGGAUCAGAUACCACUAGCUCAUGGUAUACAAGAACCCAGGAAGUUUUGGGUCACCAUCCUGUGCUGAGACAAGUAAUCCAUGAUGCACUCUAAAUGCUAACCUAGAUUUUCAUAGAAAUAAUUGAGGGAUGCAGCUGUUAAAAUUCAUGUUUGUUUUAAAACCUGAUUCUAUCCUGGUUAUCUCUAUCUCUGACCCUACAGCAUGGAGAACUGAUGCUAAUAGUUUUGGCUCUGUGUAGGCCAUUUUUAUUGUGUGUUAGACCUGUUUUGCAUCCAACUAACCUACCCAGAUUGCCUGUUAAGCACACAAUGGGCUUCCAGGGAGAGCUCCAGGUUCUGGUUUCUUCAUGUUAAAUAUUGACUAGCUGGCUUCCAGGGCACUCAGAGUGGGUAGAAAUUAAAAUGGAAAAGCAGAGGGUUAAGCUCACAAUUAACAGCAAGUCGAAAGGCUCUUGAGCAGGCUAAACCAACAUCACCGCACCAGCAGCCAUUCAUUAUGACUUUCCAGAAAUUAUGCAGUACUCACUAUAGAUACACUAAUGACUUUCCCAUGUACGGUAUGAAUGAAAAUUGGCUGCUGUGUGAUAGUGGGCUCAUUACACUGAAAUUAGCUUGAAAUCAGCAUGAUGGCUCAGCUAAAUGGUGGUAGCUUAUCAAGCACAUUUCACUUGCUGUGGCCAGCUUCCUAGAGCCUCUGCCACCUAAAAAUUACUGUGUACGGUACAGAGGUAUCGCACAGCAUCAUUGUAAGCAAGAACAUCUAUUGGGGAGGUUGUUAAGCCAGCCUGUUUCCUAACUGAGCAAAUGCAGCUGGCUCAAAAAUGAAAUCACUGCAGAAUAUUGCAGAAAGAUCUGCUACAUGUUGUCCUCUUGAUCUUCAUGGGGAAAGGCUGUCAUGGAGGAAGCUAGACACAAAGAAGGUGAUGCCUUGAAAACCGAAGCCAAUCAUGGGACUAGCAAAUCAGGAGCAAGGGUGACUGGAGCACAGUCAUCCUUUUGCAUGACUUGCUAUAGUUGUUAGGGUUUUAGAUUUGGGGGAUGUGUGUUCCCUGUCUGUGCUGAUGCAGAGACUCGCUUUUGUGGAGAUGGUGCCGUUCUGCCAAGGUUAAUCAUGGGUUAACUGUGCUGUCAUUAUGCCAGGUCAUUCUAAUGCUGCCCUUAAUGCUAGUGUGCUUGAGAAAUACUUUCAAAUGUUCCGUCAAGCGUGCUGUCUAAGGAAAAACCGUUCCUGACUCUUACGUGACACAUUGUAACAUGCGUUGCUCCCCUGUAGCACAGAUGUUUAUAAGUAGGAAAAGGAGUGCAGGACAAAGCUGUUUGCUUCACACAAGUGAGUAUUGAUUCAUCAGUGAAACUGUGUGAAUUCUGAGGUCGGUUGCCCAACACGAUGAAUCUGCAAAGGUAUUUGAAAAAAAGUGGGAAGGAGCUCAUGAUCAAAAGAGCAAGGUGUUUUUUUUUGGUUUGGUUGUUUUUUUUUAAAGCAAAUUGGAGGAAGAGAAAAUGGCACAUUGAGCCCUGAUGCACAUUUAGACUAAGAUUUCCAAAGACACCUGAGAGAUUUUUGACACUCAGCUCAUCAGAAUUAAUGGGAAUCGGGCACUCGGAUCCAAAAUCUUAGUCCUUUUUUGUUCACAUCCUCUAGAGCGUCAAAUUCCAUGCACAGCAAGCCUCAGUAUUUUGUGGAAUAUGUGUAAUCUUAACAAUAAAACUUGAUGGUAUUCUAUAUUUUAUAUUUUCCUAUCCAAAUUCUGAGUGGACUCCUGUAAAGCAAAGAUGGUUUGGAGACCAUGGCACUUAUAUUAUGACGUGAAGUCAUCUGUGAGAAGAGAUGGCUUUCUCUGGGACUCCAACAUGGCUGUGUCAUGUUCCAGCCAAAACUCAGCAUCUUUAAACUUAAAACUAAAACAUCCUUAAAACUUGCCUACUGGCAUUUUUCCUCUGUCUUAUAGAGAAUUAUGGAAGUCACUGGUAUGUUCAUUGUAUGUUUUUGUUCCAUGAUGCCAGUCUUGUUUAGAAGGCCAGAGAGGAGUGGUGGCACUGAGAAGGUAGGCCAUAUGGGUUUGAUAGCAGUAUGGGAGGAUGUAGAUGCAGCCAAGGGCCCUUCUCAUCCAAAACUCCAACAUGAAAGCAUAGUCUUCCAAAGAUCCCCUUACAUCCUGUUGGUUAGUGAGGCAACAUGGUCUAGGAUUCAGAUUGGGUCCAAUUCCUGGAUCUGCCACCAGCUUCCUCUGUGACACUGGGCAAGUAACUGAAAUUCUGGGACUCAGUUCCUCCAUCUAACAUACAACCUGCCUUUGUAAAGAGAUCUGAUCUCUGCAGUGGAAGUGCGCUCUGUGCAGGCUAGUAUUGUUUGAGAUAAGCAAAUAAUGUUAAACCAAUAAUUUAUUAGACUCUUGCCUGUUAAUUGUUAGAGCAGGUACUGACUUUCUUCAGCUUAUCCCGAUUAGAAAUUACUUGGCGACUUCUAAUAUUUCCUGUUCUGUAGAUAGAGUGUGAGCAGUUCACUAAAAAUUUACAGAAUUCAAUUUGUCAGCUCUCAUUGGAUGUGCAGGUCACAUGGUAUUGUUUCCAUUACCUGAUUGGAUGAGUGUAACUCUUAGAAUCAGAUUUCUAGGGUGAAUUCUAAUGUUUGUCAAUUAAAAAUGUGCCUAUUCACUUAACAUUCGAUGCUCCUGGGAACAUUCCCACCAAUAAACUCAUGCCAAGAUGGCAGAAGCUAAUACAAAAGAAAAAAACAAGCAAAUACUGGAAUUUUGUUGGUAGUACAUACCCGGGCCUAAUGAUUUUUCAUACUCUACAGGAAGGUAUUACAGGUGCUGAAUUUGUGCUUUGUUCUUAGUGAGAGAAAAAAUAGGGAUUUCCCUAGUCUCUGGUCUCCAUUUCAUAUUGGUAACAAACACUCCACAAAUCCAAACCCCUUAUUCUCUUCAUAUUUACUACACCUAAAAGGGACCAAAACCCUUAAUUCCCUCGAGCAGUUGCACAGCUGUUCCAGGAAUCAAGAAAUAUGUGAAAUUUGGGAUGCCCGGUGCAUGGGAAAACAAUACAAGUGGGUCCACCCUGCUGUACCUGUACAACAUGAUCUGUAUAAUCAGAGGGAAAAAAACAAAGCGCCUACUUUAAUAUAUAAAUUAAAGUUCCCUGUAAAUUAAAUAACCUUUUAAAUGAUUAUAGAAUUCCCUUCAUUAAUUCCCAAACCCCAGUGCUCAGUGAUUUUCUAUAUUUUUAUCUUAAGUACAUUUAGGUGUCAAUUAAAUUUGAAAUAUCUACAUUUGUCAGCAUUUCAUUUUUGGCCGGUGUGAUGUGCUGCUGAUUUGUCCAUGCAUCCUGACACAUGAAAAAAGCUCCCAAGAUGCAGAUCUUCCUCAUUAAAAAAUAAAUCCAUACUAUCAUAAUGGUAUGCAGAGCCAUGGAGCGCAUCCCUGGCUUUAUUGCACUGUGUUUCUGACAUGAUAUUUUAAAAGGAACAGCCACAGCUGUCAGUACUGUCAUAUGCGAGUGCUAACUGAAGACAUGUUAAACUAAACAUUAGAAAGAGAUCAGCAAGUCAUCUGCAUGGUAACUCAGCUAAGAGAUUAGGUAGGCAGGAGCUGGUGCAGUCAUGUGGAGAUGAUGAGGGUUGUCGCUGUGACGGACAGGAUCCUUUUUUCCCUCUAAGACUACAGCAUUGCCUGCCUUGUAGCUGGGCUUGCUGUGACCUGCCUUUUCAGAGACAGCUCUUUGUGUAUGAAAUCCUAGCAAGUAGUGGGUGGUAGACUGCAGGAUCGUCGCUGAAUUGGUUUAAUGAGGGAAUAGGCACUCUUUUUUUGAUUCUACUGCCUCAAGCUAAUAAAAAAUUUAAACGUGGACAUUUUAGAUUGUUUGUCCCUUGUCUUUGACAAAAAUCUUUUAUGGAACUACAGCAGCAGCUGAAUUUAAAUAAGUUUUUAUUAUGAAAUCCCACUUUGUCAUGUAAGGUGCCUUAAAGCAAAAAGAAAAAAAAAAAAAAAGUGCCUAUUAACUGGCAUUAUAGCUUCUAUCUUAUUUAUAUUGAUCUCCACUGAAAUGCAAUUUAUUAGCUGAUCCACCAGUCUGUCUUUUGAACUACCUCUUUCAAAUUAGAUAUUCCUUCAUGGUGAAUUAAUUCCACAUUUAAAAAAAAAAAUACUUGAAUUUAAACAGACCCUAGCCAAACAAAGGAGGUCAUUAGUAACACUUUGGAAAGGAACUGAACUGACUUAUCUGAAAUUCACAACCUCCAGACUCUAACUGCACAUAACCAAAAGGUUGAAUUCCUGAGCAAAAAUCUGUGGAAAUUCCAAGUUUCUUCUGAUUUCUGUGAAACUCUAGUAGGUUUGCUGGGCUACUGUCAAGUGGUAAUUCCCAUGUAUGAGAGAGAAAAGGAGUGUUUAUACAUAGGUCAAGAAAGGAUGAAGCAUUUUUUAAAAUGUUUUUGACUAUAAGAGUCUUUGUUAGCCCCUUUUCUAACCUUAAUUGAAAUGUUCUUGCAUAUGUAAAACUAGUGCCUGGAGGAGUUUUUCAAACAUUUUGUAGCAAAUGUAGCUUGCUUCAGCACCAGCACUUGGCUUUCCCUGGAAUGUCCAUUACAGCAUGAGGAGAGAGGAACAGCUCAUGUGACCAUUCCAGUUGGAGUAACACAGACUACAGCAUAAUCUGAUCAGCUGUGCCCACCCCAGCCCCAGUUACUCUGGCCUAAUUGUGAGUAAAUGUUUAUCACAAAAAUCACAGUGGGCAUCUCAAACCCUCUUGAGUUGUUGCCCACAGCUCCCAACUCUCUUCCUCUUUUCGACAUGCUCUUUCAGCCCAUCUUUCACAAUAGUAGUCAGGACAACAGAACUAAGAAAACACUGAAGACUGAUCUCGAACACAAGAGCCACCAGGCUUUAAUAUGCCUGUGCCAUAAGGCCAACAAGUCUCCCCCCCCCCCCCCCCGUCCUUAUUUGGGUCCUCUUCCGAUUUCAACAUAUUAGCCACAACAUAAACUGCUCUAAUUUAAUGUGCAAACGUGGUUCCAUCAUCUACAAGAUAAGAACCUGCUCCUCACUGUACAUACUGGGCCCAGCUCUGCAUCCGCUGAAGUAGUAGGAGUUUUGCUGUUGACUUCAGUGGUAGCAGGAUCAGGUCCUUGUCUUUUGAUUUUCGAUAUGGCUUUGUGCUUCUGAUAGUGUAUCGCUGUUCAUGGAGAUAGCUGGGAUCUUACUCAGCUGUGUACAGCAGAUGAAAUGAAUGUAGCUGGGCAGAGACCUCAUGGGGAUGGCUGAAAAUGACGCAUGCUUUCAUAACCCUCUAUGAUUUAUUUUCCCUUCCCUCCCCUUCCCCGCCUUUCAUUGUUUAAGUCGUCUGGGAAUGAAAAGCGGGCCCGAACACACUGCUGUACGAUAAGGCUCAUGAGAUUAAAAUGCAGAGCUCUAUGGUUAACAGUUUAAAAUUGAAUCUUUUUUUUAAAGUUUCUAUUUGGGACUUAUUAGUUCUUUAAAAUGCUCUAAAAAUAUUUCCAAGAGUUCUUACAUGCUUAUGUUUAAUAAGUGGCUUAGCCUUCCAGAGAGGAAUGACAGAUUUAUGCUGUACUACAUACAUGCACUCUCUCCUGGUUGCUGCUAAUUUUUCAUUGCUCUUUUCUCCUUUGCAUCCAGUAUAUUUCCAACAUGGGCGCACUCUGCCAUCUCCUCCACUUUUCAACUGAGGAUCACUCUGAAUGUUUAAAGCACUAGUAUCCACUUCCAUUCGCCCUGGAGCACAUUCAGUAAAUCAUUUCUGCUUUACACUGAAAAGAAUAAUCUAGCUUCUUUAAGAUUAAACAAAACAAAAUAAAAAAAGCAACUGACAGCAACAAUUAUUAAUGGAAAAGUAUGCACAAAAUCAGCGUCCCUGAAAUACCUGUUCUGUGUCCCAUUCUCAGUUAUAUGCUUUCUCUUUCCCCCCAUGUCUUCUCCUUACUAUACAGAUAGCCAGCUGUACAUAUGCACACCGAAUUAUGGUGUUUUCUUCAUUAUGGAACUUUGUCAUUGACUUUAGUGGGCAAAGGAUCGGACCUGGAGUUCUGAUCUGUGUAUUGUUUAUUAUAUAGUUUGUGUGUUUAUAUGCCUAUCGUCAAUCUACGUAUCUACAAACACACAGAGACAUAGAUAUAAUGUAUGUUUACAUGUAGGCACAGCUCAUAGGAUCAGCUGGACAAGACACAUAUUUUUAUAAAAAAUAAAUGUUUAAACAACGUCUCACAGAUAAAAAGACUCAGUGUAAAAUCUUACUGGCAAAAACUUUAUACCACCAUCUCCAGCAGAAAGACUGUGUAUGUAUUACAGUAUAUAACUAAUGGGGGAGAGGGUAAUAUUUCAUGUAGACACGUACUAUACAGUAUGUGUAUAGUACAUACACCCCUUUUCUAAAGCAGCACCUGGUAGCAACAAUACCUCAAAUCGGAGCAAUUUUAAGACCAAUAUUAAGACAUUAGCAGGCAGCAUUUCUGGAGAGAGCAAGGUGUAGGUAAGUAGUGCAGCGCUUCCUGGUACAAUUAGUUGUGUGGCUUUGGGACAAGGAGGUUUGUCAAACAUUUUGUGGAUAUUUGUCCCUCUUUACCCACUUGAGCAGUUCUCUUCUGCUUAUCCUGGUUGAUAUCUCAACCUGUGUGUCAUUAGAUUGUACAAUGAAGCUGAGAACAACUCAAAGGAAUAAUUUGGAAGGAGGUCAGAUUGUUGGAUGGGAAUUGUGGUGGGAAGGCUGGUUUCCAUCCUGGCUCCUCUUACAGUGGUGAUGGGUCUGCAGGUCCCAGCACCUUUUCCCAAGAGGCAGCAGCACUGGAUGGUCUAGAAAAACAGUAUGUUCAGCCUGCAAAGUUAAGCUGCACACAUACCCCAUUGAGUCAUCCUGCACUCAGGUGCUGGAGCAGUCAAUUGAGUUCAGAAAUUACUUAGAACCUGAAUUGCUUGGUUUUCUCUUCUCUCUGCAACUUUAAAUGUGAAAACUUGAUAACUUCCUUUUCUCUUCCUG